AUGACUGGCAUUAUGACGGAGGAAAUGGACAUGGAAGACGAAAGAGAACGCGAACUCGAUAAAGAAUUCGACGGCGCCGGAGCGAAAGCCAAACCGAAAGGAUACUUAAAGUAUCCACCCGCACAAGUAGUGGAACCGGAGUGGGAUAAAGACAGCUUUGAUGAUCUUGAUGAAUUUGUACCGAAUCCGGAGUCCCGUGGCUACUUCCAGAACGACGAGGAUUACCAAGAAUUCUGCGAUGGUAGGAAACAGGCUUUGAAGGACAGGGGAUUUUUACCAGAUGAAGUCAAUAAUAUCUACCCAAUUGUGCAUCUGGAAGAACCUUGGACUACACAGUCUAAGAGGGAGUACUUGGCGGAUCUUGCAUGUUUGUGUGUUAAGAAACUCAACGAGGAGAAGGGGUCGACGGUGGAAUUCGUAAGUGUUGUGAGAGGCAACAUAAGUGGAGGAGCUAGGUGGAAGCUGUACAUCACGUUCAUGGCUCGGGAGCAUCCGGAUGGGAAUCUCGUAGAGUAUCAAGCCAAGGCCAUGGAUUUUAAUGGAGGAUAUCAUAGGCCUCCCUUUCCCAUUCUCUGCAGACCCAGCCCCUCUUAA